ACAUUUACACAGCUGCUGCAGUUGGCUCAUGCUCAGGACAGCCUGGACCUCGUGCCUGUGCUCAUACAAGACUAUCCCGCCAUGAAACACAGGGGAGUCCUGUUGGAUAUUGCACCUAUGAGCAGGGUUCCCAACACUGGACUACUUGUUUGAGAUGAUUGACAAGUGGUCGUCACUGAAGGUAUCUCACCUACACCUGUACACUAGACUGGUGCCCAGUCGGGAAUGGCAGCUGUGCUACAAGCAGAGUGACAUGGUGAUGAUUGACCGAUACUGUCAUGACCGCUUUGUCAACCUGUUACCUGUGCUGGACAUCGACAAUAGUGUGCAACGCCAGGACUUGGAGGAGAUGUGGCCUACGUUCCAGGACAUAGUUGCUAGCUUCACUAAUUUAAGAUAUGUACACCUGGGACCUAGACUGAGCAGUCUGCUGAUAUGUGGUGGAGAAGAGAGCAGUGAGAUCCGUCUACAGGAGAUCUGGCACUACCUGUCACUGCCGGCCGAUGUCACAAUCAUGUUGUGCUCCAACACUUUACACAAUCUUCAUCUGUCCAAGGUCUAUGUUCCUCCCAACAUUGUUUUAAUGGACUAUGGCUUCCAGGCUGAUUACGACUUUGCGGACUGGACACAAGAGUUUCAUCAGUACGGUUGUACCACUUGCCUGUGUCCUGGCACUGCCAGCUGGAACAGUCUGGCUGGCUGUCCUGAGGCUUCUAUCUGCAACAUCUAUCGUGCGGUGCAGGCUGUUGGCAGCACUGGUGCGGUCGGGACAGUGGUAGCACACUGGUCAGGCUCGUACCACAUCACUCACUAUCCUUUCAGUUGGCCUGGCUUCCUCGUGGGCUCGGGCUUGGCCUGGAACACAAAUACACACUGGGACUACCUGCACAACUCCCUGGCAGCGCUGCUGGACACACACGUGUUCAGGGACCGGUCAGGCAGCAUGGGCCAGGCUGUGUUGGAACUGGGACAUGCUGAAACGUAUAUGGUGCGCAGCUCCCGUGACCAACCAGCUGCUGAUGUGUCGGACUUACCUUCACAUCUCGGCUCCACAUUGUACCAGUUGCUAGUCGAUCCUGACAAUGUCACACUCGACAAACUCACUAUCGACCAUUUCUCGCGUGCAACAAAACAUAUCAAGAGAUCACAGGCUUGUCUCAUGAAAGCUAGACCUGAAUGCAGUGAAAUGGUGCUGCAGGAGCUGAGCUUGACCACAGACCUGAUGUUAACAGCUUGUAAGAUCGGACGUAGCCUGGUGGCGGCCGGAAUGAAUCCCAACAGCAACAUGGGGCUGGCUGUCAUCAACCUGGGUGUCUGUAACCUACCACCCACCUUCCGUACCGACAUCGCCAAUAAAUUGUUAGCUUUAAUCGAACAAUACAAAGGAGCUUGGCUUCAGAGACACUUGCCUGCAGGACUGCAGAACUCUCUGUUGGUGCUGACUUCUGCUUUGCGAAGAUUUGUACCCGAGGAUCCUUCAUAGCAAUGUUAAUUUUGCUAAUUGUACCAUUCCGUUAUUGUUUUUAUAAUAUACCAUAUCUCAUUUAUGCGCUUAAUUAACACAUAAAAGACUUAUAUAUUAUGUACAUUAAAAUGCAGUAAAUUAAGUUAUUACAAGUGAUCAAGCUACUAACACUGUUAACUGAAACGGUCCCAACUUUGCUUAACAUUAUAUUUCAUAAGUUUUAAAUUAAUUAGUACAAUAUUAAAGUGAAGGAUGUCAAUAAUAAUGUUGGAAAAGUUCCCAGCAGCGGGUAUUUAACCCUGUUAAUGUCUUAGCCAUUUCACAAAGUCAUAUGCAUAAAAUGCCAAAUUGUAUUUUGUAAAUUUGCAAAUGUUGGGAAAACAUAUUUGACUUAACUACUCAAAAGAUUUUUAUUAUUUGUUUUGUUGCCAAUGAAGUGAAGAAUGUGACACAUGUUUAAUAUUGUUGAAACAAAAAUAAGACAUUUGAGCAAAAACAUUUUAAAAUUUUUAUAUAAGGCAGAUUUAUACACUUUUUAUAUUUUUUAGAUUAUACCAAAUGAAAGGCCAUAAAGAGCAAACCAAAUUUUCUAUAUGGUACAAUUGUGUCCAUCAAAAUAAAAUGUAGUGUGGUAAGUAUUUCUACAAAAAUACAAUUUUACUCCGUAAAGUAAGGGUUUGGGGAAAAUUUUAAAACAAUUAUUCAAUUGAUUAUAAUCCUAGAUGUGCACAGUGUUAAAUGUCCAAAAUGUCCAUCCCAUCACAUAACUUUUCAAGCUUAUUGAAAAAGAAACCACACCUACAAGAUUAUUGUUAUACAUAAUUUUUUCUCAGGAAAUGUAGAGUAGGAUUUGUAAAAUAAAAUAAUAAGUAUGAACUGUACAAAAUUAUUUAUACAAGAUAAAUGAAUUUAUUUUAAAUCAUAUAUACAGAUUAUUCCUAUUAACAUUUUAAUAGUAUGAUCAUAAAUGUUUGGAAAGAAAUCCAAAAUAUAAAAUAUUGCCCAAUUUCAUAAGGAAAAUAGUGAUAUAAAUAAUUUUGUAAAUUUAUGGAGGACCUUCUCUACGAUUAUCUUUUGCAAACUUGUUCAAACCAAAAAAUGUACAGGUAAACGAAUAGAUUUUUUUGCCAAUAUAUUUAUCCUAAUAUUGUAAAAGCACCUGUUAUAUGUAGUAAUUUAAAUGUAAUAUUAGGAAAUAUUUUUUUCUUUACAAUAAAAAUUCAAUUUUAAUUUUUUCUAGAUGACCAAAAAGAGAAAUUUCCGUGCAAUCAAAAAAUUUUUUUUUAAUAUUUAUCAAAAUAUGUAUUUAUUAAAAUACAUAUCACCUGUAAUGUAGAGUUUUGCCAUAAUAUUAUAGUUUUCAAAGUUAUAUCUCAUUACCAUGCUAUGUAAUCCCAGAAUUCAUAAAAUAUGUAUGAAUAGUCCAGAAAUGGGUAUGGUAAAAAUAAAAAUUUAAAUGGCCAAAACCACUUUGAUUAUUACCAUUUUAAACUGUAGUCUUCUAACUUAAAAAUAAAUUAUAUAUAAUUUAUUUAAUGUUUCUUAAGAUUAGAUACUAAUUGUACAAUUUAUUGAAAAAAGAAGAUUUAUAGUUUGUUAACGUUGGCUCAAAAUCAAGUAAGCAAUAAGAAUAUUUAAGAAAUCCUUAGUAUACAAAAACUGUUAAGAAGAAAUGAUAAUACGUUAUAGUUGGACAGAGAUUUGGUAUUUUAAAGUAUAUUUAUAAUUACAAAAUUUUAUUCAUACAAAAUUGAAAUGGAAUUUGUUGCAUUUGAUGAAAACAUUAAUGAGUUAUGAAAGUUUUAAGACAUUGCUAGAAAAUUGAUUUGUAGCCUACAUACAAGUGAUUUUUAAGAAUAUGAUAAAACAAUAGUAAUACAUGUUUUUAUUACACAAUAUGCUCUUAUGAAGUUUAAAACAUUAAUAAUCAGUAUGAAGCAGAGUAAGAAUUGGUGAAGUAAGAAUAGGCUAGGCCUAGUUUAGUUUUCUGUAAAAAGAAAAACUAUUUAGGUUGAUAAUCAAUAAUAAUUGAUGACUUCACAACACCACACUGCACUAAAAUAUACUUCUCUACAUUAUAUUUAUCACUAAUACACAAAAUUACGCUUUUUAUACAUCACAAUCACAUACAUAAAACAAAUGCGAUAACCAUCAGCAUUAACAGCAUGUUAGGACUUAAGAAAUGAGAGCAACUUCUUUAUUCAACUUCAACAGUCAGCAGUGUUAGCAAUCAAUAACAUAAAAUAUUGUUAUUGUAUAUCAAUCAACCAAGAAACUUUUCAGCUAUUUAAUGUUUAAUGCGUUUAAAUAAUAAACAAUAUUGUAAACUAAAAAUACCCAUCGUUUGCAAGGUAAUUUGUAUAAAAUCACUGGUUUAAGCUGUUAUAAUUCUAUUUUCAUUAAUAGAAAGAAAAAUUUUAUUUUGCAGUGUUGGUGUUGGUUUCUUACUGAAACAUGAUAGCUGGGCAGGCCAGCCAAUCUAAGCAAAUGUUUUAGUGCGUAGCAGUAUAAUUUUAAUGGUGAAAACACCUUUUUCCAUUUUAUUUUACUAACUACAAACAUAAUUUUGCAACCAGACAAAUGAAAUCUCAACAUGUUAUGUUACGGAAACUCCUUUUUAAUUAGUAGCAAAAUAAAUGGAGUUUCCAUUCUGAAAAUUUAUAUAAUGAAAAUACAUCAACACGUCGUGUCGAAGCAACACAUCCCGACACCAUAAACAUUUGUCACAAGUGUCGAUGUAACAGACGUAGGGUUAAAAUAUAAUUUGUAUAAUUUAUUUAAUUUAGAUUUCAAAUAAAUUUGAAAACAAAAACAUUAUUUAGGAACCGUUAUUCACAGAAAUGUCUAAAAAUAAAUCUUUAAAUUUAUAUAUAUAUAUAUAUUUAAUGUUUUUUAGUUUUAUAUAUUAUAUAUAUAAAACUAAAAAAAUAUACAAAUGGCGUCAUCUGGAGAUUCUUGCACCAUCAUUAGUGAUGUUUAACGUUGUCACAGAGAUCUUAUUUCUCAGUAACUAUUAGACUAUGAAAUUACAAUAAGAUUUGUUAUAUAAAUUUUGAUUUUUUUUGCAAUUAAGAAAAUUUAAAUAAAAUCAAUGUACAAAACUUGUUUCUGAGAUGGAAAAACAGAUAUGGCAUUGCAAUUUAAAUCAUAACUAAAAUGCUACCCGUUGUUACCUCCAAGCAUGCCGCUAAUGGAAGAUGUGUAAGAUACAUUUUUUAUCUGUACUUUUGAAAGACUAAGAGCAACAUUGGUAAUGUUUUCUUCACACAUUUCUAUAAUUACGUCUUGUAAAAGCUAACUAGUAUUUAUAAAUAAUUUUUAAUCUGAAAGAUAGGCUAGUGCUCUCUAAAACUUUCAUGCUAAAAACAAAACAACAAUUUCUGAGCAAAUUGAGAAAUGAAAUGAAAGUUAUAAUAUUUUGAUGUACACAAACUUGGUAUUCACAAAUAAACAUUAAUAGCCAGCUAUUGUAAAGUGACCUUGAGUUUCCACCAUAAGAACAAUAUUAAACCUCAUCUAGUAUUAUGUCCUUAUUUUCAACCGCAGAAUUAUGGGAGAUUUUUUAUAUUAAAUUUAGAAUUAAUACACAUCCAAACGCUUUUUAAUUAUUCUAAAUAUUGUUAUGGGUUAUUCAGAAAGAGAUUUUAAACUUUGUCGUAUUUUAUCUUUUACAUACAGUAUUCAUAAAGUACAGUAUACACUUUAGAAAAAGAACUAAACAGCGUUUGGAUGCCUAUUAAUUGUAUCUUUAAAAUAGGACAAUGAUAGGAUCAAACACAGGGCAUAAAACGUUGUGAUGUUUAACAUUGUUCUGUCAUAGGGAAAAACUUCCACAGCCGGCUCUUAAAUUUUAAUUUUUGUAGAUUUUAAUUCAUUGUAAGUAUAGAAAUAAGGGAUUGUUAGGAGUCAGUUGUUAAUAAGUAUUUUGUUAAAAUAUGUGUGCCUCCAUAAAACAAUUAAAAGUAUGUUUGUAUGACAUGGACCAUGAAUGAACCAGACAAAAAGCUUGUUCAUUAUUUUUCUUUACUAACAUGAAAACAAUUUCUAUGAUUCCUUUUUAACAUUGUGUCCAAUUUAUUUUGUCAUAUAUCUAUCCUUUCAUUCCAAUAAAAUGUAAAAUAUAUUAGUUCCUAUUUUCUAGUAUUUUAAGAUUUUAAAUUCUACUUAAAAUAACAGAACAUAUAAAGAAAUAAAAACUGUGUAUUUACACAAAAUUAUGAAAAACAUUAAAGAAAUAGAUAGUUAAAAAGUGAGUAAUAAAUUUAAUACAAUUGUCUACAAAUACGUUAUUGGUAUUUAAGAAGAAUUGGAAAACUAUCAAAUACAUCCUAAAAGUAUUAAUAACCUUUAAAAUAUUAUAAUAUAGUUGUGUGUAGUUAUUUAUUUAAUUCUGGAACUGGUAGAGUUGUGUAAUUUACAAAGCGUUUUUUCCCAUUGUGAACUGGCAGAGUCGUAAUUUGUAACGCAUUAAACAUUAUCUUUUGAACAAUAUAAGCAGUUAGUUAUAUUUUUUAAUCUUCAGAUUCGAUGCUUUCUUUUUAUGUACUCAUUUCUAUACAUCUAAUUGUUCUUUAUAUUGUUACUUGCUGUUGCUGUUUGUGUCGGCUGCAUUCUGUUCUGUUUUCUUUUAUGUUGUUUUUGUUCUGUGUUGAUAGAAAACGAAUUGUGAUUUACCUUCUAGUAACAUCUGUGAUUUUUUUUCAAUGGUAGUGAUGUUUCUGUUAGGAUGGGACAGAAAAGAACCCAUUUUGAUGAAGUUAACAGGGUUAGAGAUAGGCAUUUUCACUGUCUUGUUAAUAGUUAAGUUUGUUGGUUUGUUUAAUUUUGUUUUUGAACAUAAGUCUGAUAAGUAUAAAUUUUCUUAAUAAAAAAAAGAACAUCCCCACAAAAACACACACAACACGUCACAGCAGUGACAGUAUUUUUGGCAUAAAAACUGGGAUUUUUUUUAAUAUUUUAGGUUUUAAAUUUUUAGUGGUUAUUGACUCUUAAGUCCUGCAGAAAAUAAAACUGUUUUAGAAAAUAUAAGUUUCAACUUAAGAGAACAAUACAUCCAUAAAUGUAAAGGACAUCCCAAUUUUUUAUUUAUUUUACAAUAUACUGCAUUUUAUUCAGAAUACAAUUAUAUAAACACUUUAUAUUUUGCUUAGAAACUGAUCUUGCAGUUAUUUUUUUGUAACUGUGUGCAAUGGGGUAAAAAAGCUGUGCCAGUUAGGGCUAAAAUGCAUACCAGUUCUAGAGUUAACAGAGUUUCAAACACAAUACUAAGAUUUUUAGGAAUACUUUGAUAUUGAACUGGUUUUUUUUGUGACCUAUGUUCUUUUUUAUUUAGAGAAAGUGCAAAAACAUAAAUUUAUUGUAGUGCAGUAUUCUCUGCACUGUACAUUUUCGAUCAGUUAUGAAUGUAUUGAGGAAGACUUUUCACGCAGUAGUGAUGUUUAUGCGUUUGACCUGUUCUUAAUUUUCUAUAGACAUCCAUUAGCAGUACAACAUAACUGUUAUUGGUUUAUUUAAUGUCUCUUUUUACCCACAAAAUGCUAUAACCAUGUACCAAUUUCUUUUGAACCAUGUAAAAAUCACUAAACAAUGUUUGUCUGUAGUUUAACUUAACUAUUGCAUUACUGAUGAUACUGUGUGCAUAUUGAAGUGGUUUUAACAGCUAAAUCCUUAUGUAUAUCUUGAUUGUUAAAGGUGUUUGGUUACCAAAUACAUUGUUUUGCCAAAAUCUCUUUAUUGCUCUUUGAAUAAUAAUCAGAAUUAGAAAAUUUGCUGUGCUUUUAAACAUAUUUUAUGAGUUUUGGGCUUAUCUAGUAUUGAUUUCUUUUUGCAUAUUUGAUAGUUAACUCGAAUACAAUUUUAAUUUUGUAAGUCACAUUUUCAGGAAAAUUUCAGUAGAGGACAGAAGGAUAGAGGAGUAAAAUAAUUUAAAUUUAGCAACCAUAAAAGAAUACUUGCAGUUCAUGUUGAAAGUUAAUAAUUUUAAGAAAUAGUUCAAUAUGUAAUUUACCUCCGAGGAACGGCAAUGAUAGCCUGCAUGUAUAGUACAAGAAUGCAUGCAGGCAUGUCAUGUACAUCUCACCGAAGUAUAUAAUUUGUUGUAUCCAUACAAUUUUAUAGUAUAGUGAACUUAAGUAUUAGUAUAAAGCAUUAGGGGUACCUGUUAUGGUACUCCAAAGUAAAUUAAAUCUUUCAAUCCAUAUUUUUCUCAACAAAUUUAAUUAAUCAAUCUAUUAUACAUUAUAUUUAUGAUAAGACAGUUUUAAAUUAAAUGUUUUUUGGAUGAAUGUUGAUCGAGGGCUGACUUGGAAUGAUCACAUCAACGUUAUCUGAUCAAAGGUAGCUUAGUACUUGUCUAUUAAUAAUUUUUAUCGUUGCUAAAUUUUAAAUAUACUACUCCAAUGGAAAAAAAUUUAAAAUUUCUGAAAAUUAGACUUAUGUGAUUGAAAUCAUCUUUGAACUAGUCAUCUAAUAAUAAUGUGUAAAUAAUCAAUACUUUAGGUACAUCAAGAAAUAAUAAUAGUCACGUUAAAAGAUCGUUUUUUAGUAUCAGAAAGUGAGAUUUUGACAGAAAUAAAAAAGGUUUGGUAACAACAAAUUUUUAAGUAACAUGUCUUUUUUAGCAAAUAAACGAAUCUGUACUUUUUCACCAUAGAUCAAGUUUUGUUAUCUUGCCGAUCUUGAUAUUACCGAUCUUAUGUUAUCGUAAGGACUAACCAUGUCCUUCAUCACAGUUUAUAGUACUACUUAGAUGAUAUUACUGAUUGUUGGAGCUUGAAGUUAUAAUGUGGUGUCUAAUACACAUAUUUUUAUGUUAGCUAUUCAGUAUUUGAUAGCUAAAUACACAAUUCAUUUAGCCUUGUAACAUUAACUUGUGUUAAGUGUAUAGUUCCUAAAUGACAAAUUCAUCGUGUAAAUAAAAUAUAUUUAGAUUUAUA